AUGGUCAACUGUGUGCACCUGAUGGGUUCAACGUCUGCUGCCAGCAUGUCUGACACUGAGGAAGUGUAUGAGGAACGGCCUUCUCCGACACCAUCCACUCUGCAAUAUGGUGCAUGCUGCGUGCCCGUAGCCCAGGAGGAGGUAGUAGAGGUAGAAGUAGCCCCUGAGGCGGAGGCCCAGGUAGAAGCAGAGCCAGAAGUAGACCCUGAACCUGAGCCAGAACCAGAACCUGAACCACAGGAGGUGGUGAAGCCAGUGGUUCGUGAGGAGGAAGAGGCGUAUGAAGAGGAAGUGGAAGACGGAGAUCAAGAUGAAGAGAAGCCAAAGUUCAAACCAAGCGCUCCCAAGAUCCCAGAUGGAGAAAAGGUGGACUUUGAUGACAUCCAGAAGAAACGUCAGAACAAGGAUCUGGUUGAGCUUCAGUCACUAAUCGAUGCUCACUUUGAGUGUAGGAAGAAGGAGGAAGAGGAACUCAUCUGUCUCAAAGAAAGAAUUGAAAAGCGUCGUGCAGAGCGAGCUGAGCAGCAGAGGAUUCGUGCUGAGAGGGAUAAGGAGCGCCAGGCCAGGCGUGAGGCUGAGCGAAUGAGAAAAGAGGAAGCAGAGACUCAGAGGAAAUAUGAUGAUGAUGCCAAGAAGAAGAUUGCGCUCACCAGCAUGGGUUCAGGGUUCACCAGCCACCUGCAGAGGAUUGACCAGAAGAGGGGCAAGAAGCAGACUGAAAGAGAAAAGAAGAAGAAGGUUUUGGCUGAGAGAUGCCAACCCCUGAGCGUUGAUAGUCUCACAGACGACCAAUUGAGGGAAAAGGCAAAGGAGCUGUGGGAGCUGAUGCACAACCUGGAGGCAAUUAAAUACGACCACUGUGAGAAGCUGAAGAGACAGAGAUAUGAGGUCAUCUCCCUCAGAAACCGUAUCGAUGAGCUGCAGAAACACAGCAAGAAGGGAGCCGCCUCUCGCCGCAGGAAGUGAACAACGAGGGAGUCAGAGGGUGCCGGAGGAUCAACCGUGGCUCAGACUCUGAGGCAACAACUGGAUGUCUUAGUUCUUGUAUUUUCACUGGUUUUAGGAGAACAAUAGUGUCAAUAAAGAAAGUUUGAAACAAAAA